AUGCAGCUGGAGCACUGUCUUUCUCCUUCUAUCAUGCUCUCCAAGAAAUUUCUCAAUGUGAGCAGCAGUUACCCACAUUCAGGCGGAUCUGAGCUUGUCUUGCAUGAUCAUCCCAUUAUCUCGACCACUGACAACCUGGAGAGAAGUUCACCUUUGAAAAAAAUUACCAGGGGGAUGACGAAUCAGUCAGAUACAGACAAUUUUCCUGACUCCAAGGACUCACCAGGGGACGUCCAGAGAAGUAAACUCUCUCCUGUCUUGGACGGGGUCUCUGAGCUUCGUCACAGUUUCGAUGGAUCUGCUGCAGAUCGCUAUCUCCUCUCUCAGUCCAGCCAGCCCCAGUCCGCUGCCACUGCUCCCAGUACCAUGUUCCCUUACCCCAGCCAGCAUGGACCCGCGCACCCUGCCUUCUCUAUCGGCAGCCCCAGUCGCUACAUGGCACACCACCCCGUGAUCACCAAUGGAGCUUACAACAGCCUCCUGUCCAAUUCUUCGCCACAGGGCUAUCCAGCGGCGGGCUAUCCUUACCCUCAACAGUAUGGGCACUCUUACCAAGGAGCGCCUUUCUAUCAGUUCUCUUCUACUCAACCGGGACUUGUGCCCGGCAAAGCUCAGGUCUACUUGUGCAACAGACCACUCUGGCUGAAAUUUCAUCGGCAUCAAACAGAGAUGAUCAUCACCAAACAGGGAAGGCGCAUGUUUCCUUUUUUAAGUUUUAACAUUUCUGGUCUGGAUCCCACGGCUCAUUACAAUAUUUUUGUGGAUGUAAUUUUGGCGGAUCCCAAUCACUGGAGAUUUCAAGGAGGGAAAUGGGUUCCUUGCGGCAAAGCGGACACCAAUGUACAAGGAAACCGGGUCUAUAUGCAUCCCGAUUCCCCCAAUACAGGGGCUCACUGGAUGCGCCAAGAAAUCUCUUUUGGGAAAUUAAAACUUACAAACAACAAAGGAGCUUCAAACAACAAUGGCCAGAUGGUGGUUUUACAGUCUUUGCACAAGUACCAGCCCCGCUUGCAUGUGGUGGAAGUGAACGAAGAUGGCACCGAGGAUACCAACCAGCCAGGGAGGGUCCAGACUUUCACCUUUCCAGAGACACAGUUCAUAGCGGUUACCGCCUACCAAAACACAGAUAUUACGCAAUUGAAAAUAGAUCACAACCCCUUCGCAAAGGGCUUCCGGGAUAACUAUGACACGAUUUACACGGGCUGCGAUAUGGACCGCCUGACCCCUUCGCCCAACGAUUCUCCCCGCUCGCAGAUUGUGCCAGGGGCCCGUUAUGCCAUGGCCGGCUCCUUCCUGCAGGACCAGUUCGUAAGCAACUACGCCAAGGCACGCUUCCACCCGGGGGCCGGGGCCGGCCCAGGCCCAGGCACAGACCGCAGCGUGCCUCACACCAAUGGGCUCCUGUCGCCCCAGCAGGCCGAGGACCCCGGUGCCCCGUCGCCCCAGCGCUGGUUUGUCACGCCAGCCAACAACCGACUGGACUUCGCCGCCUCGGCCUACGACACAGCCACUGACUUCGCAGGCAACGCAGCCACCUUGCUCUCGUAUGCGGCGGCAGGCGUCAAGGCACUCCCGCUGCAGGCUGCAGGCUGCACGGGCCGGCCUCUGGGGUACUACGCAGACCCGUCUGGCUGGGGGGCCCGCAGUCCCCCGCAGUACUGCAGCAAGUCCAGCUCCAUGCUUUCCUGUUGGCCCAACAGCGCAGCGGCGGCCGCUCGCAUGGCCAGCAGCAACCCCUACCUGGGCGAGGAAGCAGAAAGCCUGGCCACGGAGCGCUCGCCUUUGCCCCCGGGCUCCGAGGACUCCAAGCCCAAAGACUUGUCCGACUCCAGCUGGAUCGAGACCCCUUCGUCCAUUAAGUCCAUCGACUCCACCGAUUCUGGGAUUUACGAGCAGGCCAAGCGGAGGCGGAUCUCGCCGUCUGACACGCCGGUGUCCGAGAGUUCCUCUCCACUCAAGAGCGAAGUGUUGACCCAAAGGGACUGUGAGAAGAACUGCGCCAAGGACAUAGGCUACUACGGCUUCUACUCUCACAGCUAG